AUACAAAGAAAAUGUUUGAGUUUUUUGUUUUAUUAAAUCGCAGUUGUAAAUGGUGUCCCAGAGGGCUCAAGAACAGCGCCCAUGUUCUGAUCUAAAUCCGAAGUGCUGGCAUUAAAGCCCAAAUCCUCGUUCAGAUUGGGUUGCCUGUCAUGCCUGCCAAGGAGAUCGGUACUCAGAGAAGGACCCUGCCAGCGUCGCAGGGAGUAGCACUGUCUCGUGUUAAUGUCGUCAUUAUUAUUUUACUAUUAUACUUUUUAAUUCGCUGUCAGUCAUCUGACGUGCUGGUUGUUUGCCGCUUUUGGGCGACACACGAGCGUAGGGAGAUUCAUCGUUGUUAGACGUGAUCACAGCCCGUGGUGAUAAGGAGCCGGAGGAGAGGCGCUCACUACGCGACAUGCCGUCAAGGUGACUUAGCGGGGCGGACGGACGGACGGCGGUGGCCGGGCGGAGCUGCGGAGGGAGGGACGUCCUCCUCACCCUCACCAGCGUUUACCUUUCCUUUAUUCACUGCUCGGGUCUGCAUGUGCGCUGCAGCGUCUGGCCGCAAGACUCACCCGAGCGCCACCGGCAGCGUAUUUCACAUCGGCGGCCAGCUUUCCCCCAGGGCCCUGGAGCGGGGAUCGAGCUCUGAGAGUGUCCGCAAAGUCCGGCGAGCCCUGGACGACUGCCGGACGACCGUCUCCGAGUUGAAUAACCUGGUGGCGCUAUACCGCGAACUCGUCAUUUCCAUCGGCGAGACGGCAACCGACUGCGCUUCCGUGCGGGGGGAGAUGCGCAGGACCAGGGCGGGAGCCUGUGAGACGGCGCGGGCUGCGCAGCGGAGCCUCUGCGUCAUCCCGGGCCCAGAGGAUGGAGAGAUCCCCCUGGACAUUUGCAGGCUCUUCAUCCAGCUUCAGUGCUGUCUAGAGAUGUUCAUCACAGAGAUGCUGAAGGCCGCAUGCCUAUUGAGCUCCCUGCAGAUGUACAGGAGAGGGCGUGAGGACAUGGAGCUGAAAGUGGAAAUCAAGGCUGAUGAAAGUUCUGACACCCCUAUUCUUCAGGAAAGUUCCUCCUUACCUACAGACGGCUGGUGGCUGGUGGGCGUGGACAUUAAGAACACAGAGAGAGACAUGAAGCAGAUGAAAAACCUUCUCAGCAAACUCAGGGAGAUCAUGCCUUCACCCUUGAAGAACCAAGAUGACAGCAGCCUCUUGAACCUCACUCCGCAGCCACUGAUCAGACCGAGGAAGAGCCGCAUCUUCAGGUUUUGCUGUCCCGCUAAGAGUUUGCACCCCGGACUCUGAGCCGUGACCAGUGGGAACGUGGUCCUCAAUCAUGCACCUCCUUCUUCAGCCAAUACCACCGAUUCCAGACUGGCUUUUUUUUUUUGUAUUUUUUGGUAAAUCGCAGUAUAUACUGCAGCUGCAGACAUAACACUUGAUAGAUAUUUUAUUUAUGUAAUAAGAUGAACCAGAUUGUCAUUUAUGCUUUGCAUCUGAUUGACUUGACACGAGUGCGAAACAUUGAAUCAGGUUGAAAGGAGCAGUACAGCUUGAGAGUGUGAAUGUGUCAUUAUGAUUAGUGCUCUGUUAGGUCCAUGAGACGUACGAAACAGCAGCGGCUCACAGCCAAGGUCCACGCUGAGGAGAACCGCAAUUACUCCUGUGAAGUGAUCAGCCACCAACCAAGCAGCUGCAAAGCAGAUAUUGCAUUAAGAUAUUUGUUACAGAUUUUAUAAUUCCUUAAACAACCAAUUAUCUUGUGCCGUUAAUUCAGUCUUCCAUGUGCCAUAAUCCUGUACCUCUUUUGAAAUUUUCAUCCCAAGGAAAAUAAAGUAUUAGGCCUGAAAUAUA